AUGACCUUUCUGCUCUUUAUUAUCCUUCUAUUUCUUCUACUACAGGUGCAAUAAUUCUUCCUACUCAAAGACGUUUAGCUGAAAUAACUGAGAUGAUUCAUACAGCUUCACUUCUUCAUGAUGAUGUGAUUGAUUUGUCAGAGACACGUCGUAAUCAACCAUCAGCAAAUAUGAAUUUUGGUAAUAAGAUGGCUAUACUUGCUGGUGAUUUCUUAUUGGCUCGUGCAUCAAUAGCAUUGGCAAGAUUACGUAAUCCAGAAGUUAUUGAAUUAUUAGCUACUGUUAUUGCUAAUUUAUAUUAUAUGGAAAAGACUUAUAUGAAGACUGCAAGUUUGAUUGCAAAAAGUUGUAGAGCUGCUUCAAUACUUGGUGGAUCAACAGUUGAAGUCUGUGAUAUUGCUUAUAAUUAUGGUAGAAAUUUAGGAUUGGCUUUUCAAAAAGUUGGAAUUGUUUUUGAAGUUAAAGAUUUAUCUGAUGGUGGCGAUGAGGGUGCUAUUAUAACUGUUGACUUUCGUGCUCUAUUCAUUAUCCAAAUUGUUGAAAAUAAUUUGG